AUGUCAUAUAAAUGGAUGAUGGGGCUCACACGUGAUCGACGGUGUCAUUUCAAUUUUGAAACACGUGAGCAGCAGAAUUCCAAAUAUGCCACGACUUCCCAAAAUUCUUUCCCAAAAAGAAGAAAAAGAAAUCCCACAUCGAUGGGGAACAAAUAUACAGCAAGUCAACCACUUUUUCUCUGUCGAUUCAUUGGAGUGGCUAUGGGGAUAAGGUUCUUUGUGACACUGGCCAUAUUAGGCACCAUAUUCAUUCACUGUUCCAAACCAAAGGCUCCACUCAACACAAAUAGAUUUUACUGUGGCCCAUGUCCUAAGAACUGGAUUUGUUACAAAAAUAACUGCUAUUUCUUUUCAAAUGAAAGCAAAACUUGGAAUCAGAGUCGAGCUUCCUGCCUAUCUCACAAUUCCAGUCUCCUUAAGAUAUAUAGCAAAGAGGACCAGGAUUUUCUUGCAAUGAUAAAAUCAUAUUAUUGGAUGGGCCUAGUACAAUCUACAUCUGGUGACUCCUGGAUGUGGGAAGAUGGUUCACCUUUCUCUCCUCAUCAACUUUCUCUGGUUACAAUGGAAAAAGGAACCUGUGCAGUGUAUGGCUCCAGCUUCACAGGCUACACAGAGGACUGCUCAGUGACCAAUACUUACAUAUGUAUGCAGAAGCAUAACAGCUCAUUCUCUUCCACCUUACCCCUCUCUACUUGA